CGGGUGGAUCGGCCCGUUCUAUAAAUUGCCCCGGCUCUUUUCGUUCGGCAUCCAGUUUACUUGGUGGCUUUGUUGAAAGUGAUUGUCGGUGUAUACAUCUCCCCUCCCCAAAAAAAUGCGUUUCACACACGUAACGAUUUUCCUGUUUUCAAUGUGUGUUUUGAUCGCUGCAGAGGACGAAUCAAUAAUUAGAUCGACCAUUGACAAAAUAACGGACGACUGGGGCAACGGACGCACUUCACGUGACGGAUGCAUCUGGAAGGGCACGUCUCCAUUCUGCGAUGGCGGGUGUAAUGUAGUGGGGCACGUCGUUCGCGAAACCAGCUCAUCAGGUGACGGCGAGCGAUGCUUGACCGGCAUUAAAGUGCUUUGCUGCCCGUCUAAGGCUUAAAAGUGGAAAGAAAACAGCGAAUUCCUAAUGAAGACCAAUAGAAAAAUAGUCUGUAUAAAAAUCAAAUGAAGAAAUAUACCAGUCCAUUUAUACGCACAAA